AUGGACAACAUAGUCGCGCUCGCGACGUCCUUCUUCCCCCCUCAACCAUGGGCGUAUGCCUGGCAACUACGUCUCUUCCAAUGGUUUCCAGCCACAACCGUAGUUCAAUGGCUAUUAGACUAUCAUCCGGCAGGAAAAUUCUCGGUGCCAAACUCUGCGCUCAAUCUCAACGGCCGCUUUGCUUGGAGCGUCAUGGAGGUAGUCGGCCUAAUUAAUGUUAUAUACAUUUUGGCGACACUUCCAGCAAGCUUCAACUUUUCAUUUGCAGAGUUACCCCUGUGGAACAAGGCUGCUGCUGCUCUCUAUGUGAUUCACUACUUCAAUCGAUCUAUUGUGAAUCCGCUCUUCGUUGCGCCUAGUAUCUCUCCCGUCCGAUUGGAGGUGUUUGUAGUAGCCUUUAUCUUCAAUUUGAUCAACUCUUCCUGUAUUGCCGGGUGGAUUACAGGGUAUGAUCUCACUCAAGGUUUGGGGUAUACGCCUUUACCAGCAUCAUCGACAACCCUCCAGCAAUGCCUUCCAUAUAUCGGCGUGGCUACUUUUGCAUAUGGGAUGAUCGGCAAUAUCCGUUCUGAACGAACGCUAUGGAGUCUUCGCCGCGAAGAAGCCCAGCGCCGAGCCGCCAAAAAAUCAGACGCAAAAGAAGCAAGCAAGAACGAGAAGAAUAUUCACCACAAAGUUUACGUGAUUCCUCCCGCAAAAGGCUUGUUUCGAUGGGUUCUUUAUCCGCAUUAUUCCCUCGAAUGGCUGGAAUGGGCUGGCUUUGUAUUGGUCGGUACGGCUGUAUAUCCUGCCCAUGCCUUUCUACCGACGAUAUCGCAUCCAGGUUUGCCGGUACCGUCCGUCAGUACUGCUCCAUGGCUGAAACCAUUUGCUAUGCUUGCUGAAUACCUACGCAUUCCGUUCCCCUGGCCAGCUCUCGUGUUCGUUUUGAAUAACGUUUUUACCAUGUUACCCCAGGCACGUCGAGGCCUGAGAUGGUAUACUACCAACUUUGGGAAGGAUGCUGUUGCUGGGCGGAGUGCGGUGAUUCCGGGCGUUCCCUUUCUAUAG